UCAGAUCUGUUUUUUUAGUACCGUAAUAAACCUAAACUUACCCUAGUCGAAAAUGGAAUCACAGCCGUCGGAUUCACUCAAAAUGCCGGAAAAAACUUCGCCGGCGGAGAAACCUCUACUGUCCGAUCAAAUUAGCUCCAGAACUCCGACGAAGCUUCCACAUCCUCCUCAAAGAUUCAAACUUCAUCGCCGUUCUGUUCGAUUGCCGGAAAAGUAUGAGACAUUAUUGAAGUUUUUCGAUGCAUUGGAUGCUUCGUUGAAAUUGCUUCGCUUGCGGAAUUCAAUUCCUUUGUUUGGGAAGAUUAGGCUUAUGAUUGAAAAUAUGUCUGAGAGGAGGUUUACUCAUCAACAUUUGGCGCAAUUGAAGUUUCUUUUGCCAGAGGAGAUUGGAAUCAGAAAAGUCUUGAUGGCUGACGAGGAGACUCGCUGCAUGGAACAUGAUCUUCAUCUCUCAUUGACUAUCAAUAGGACGACCCGUGAAGACAAAAGGAAGCGAGGAAGUAAGAACCCCUGUUUGAGGGAUCUCUUCAUUUCAAAGCUUUUGGAUUUUGCAAGAGAUCAUCCUGAGGGUACUGAUAUACCUGAGGAGAGUCUUCCUGAGUCAUUUAACCAGAAGAAGCAUGAUCUGCUGUUACGUUCCUUCAAACAAUCAAGUGCAAGCUCUCGCAUUCAGAAAUUUGCCAGUGUAGCAGAGUCAGACGCAGCUCAAGCAACCCAUUUUUCUCCAUCUUUCAGGAAGCAUUUUUCAAUGGGAGGCUCAUACAGUAAAUCAAGGAACAGUCUCCAGAGUCCAUCAGAUUUCUCAGACCAAUUACAAUCGAUGUAUAGUUCUAAUCCAUCUUUGGACAGAGAUGAAGUGGAAUCUGUAACUCUUCAACCUGAGACUGUGUCAUGUAGGCUACCUGCUGGUCAAAUCAAGCGGAAACCUUUUGUUGACAGUGAAAUUUGUUCUGCACAUAGUGCUAAGAUGAAGCAGGGAACACCUAUGAAACAUGCUGAUACUCCUAUCAAGCCAGCCACACCAACUUUGCAAACACCUAAGAGGUUUAGGCUGAGUGCAGAUAAAUCAUCUGAUCUGCCUUCUUGCGCUAGGUCACUUAAAUUCGAGGGCCCUUCGGGAUCUGUAAAUAUUGAUCUUCAAGUUGAUGAUGUUGAAUGCUCUAAUAAUAUUAGUGACAUUCUUCCUGAGAACCUUUUACAAUCGAUAAAGGCGAAAGAGAAAAGAAGCAUAGAGCUGGCAAAGAGGAAACAGAUGAUUAAGUGCCUUCCUAAGCUGUUCGACAGAAUUUAUAUAUUGUUUCAGAAUCCCAAGUUUUCAGCUAUAAAAAAAGAGGCACUAAUUCGCAACCUGACUGAGUGUCAUUUGGACAUUACUGAUGAAAGUGAAAUCGAGGAACAGCUAAAACUACUGCAAGAAUUUAUCCCUGAAUGGGUAGUCUGUAAGUUUUCACCUUCGGGAAACGUAUUUUACAGAAUCAACAAGACAUUAGACCUAAAUUCGUUACGACUGACACUUGAUAAAGCUAUUUGAUGACUGACGAGUGCUCCUAUAACAUAAUCCAUGGUAAAUAUUGUUUUUAAUGUCACCUUUUCAGAACUAUAGGUAGCUGAACAUUAGAAUGUAUCUAUCUCUUUGCAAAUUUGUACACGAGGGAUGUUUUGGUAAUCUUAGUAUCACAGACUUGGUUCCCUCAAGUCUCUACAAGGGUUGUAAGUUAUCCCAGGGGCAGAGCCCUUUACCACUUUUUUCACUCUUUUGUCAUGUUCAAUGGCAAAGUCGUAGCUGAAAAGACAAGACCAAUCUAAGUUUUUGUAUAAUUCCCUCGUCUUCCAAGUUAAUAUCUUUAAAAUAUCAUGUGUUAAGCCUUAGCUUCGAUUUGCUUUGUUAUAAGUUCAGAAGACAUCCAAAUAAUGUUGCUCUCUUGAGUUGUAUGAUCUAUGGUGGUUUAGGUUGGUCAGUACUUAUAUGGGCCGUUGUCUAGGUAUUGGUAGAUCUGUCAGAACUUGACACGACCCGAAAUACUGACUUAAAUCCGAUUAUUAACCGGAAAAAUAGUGAUCCAAACCCGACAUGAAACCAACCCUAGACCCGAGUAUGUGAGACCUGAACCCGAACAUGAACCGACCUGGAGAUUACUUGACCCAAAUUCAACCCAACCUGUUACAAACCUGACCCGAUUAAACUCGACCCGACCCGUUCCUAACC